GACGAAUCUAUACUUCCGAAUGUUGGGGGUUGUUAUAAUACGUUAUAAGUAAGAUCUCAGCCGAUUUCCAAUCUUCUCUCUCUCCUUAACCCGAUUCCUGAUCCUUUCCAUGUCUAUACGAAUUUUCAAAUCUUCACCAUUUGGUAGAAGUUCCAAGAGCACAACUAACCUUACCGCUACUCGUCAUUAUAUUAUACCACGAAUACCCUUACCCUUGUAAUCUCACAACCCCCACGUUUAUCAACAUUAGUUACAUUACCCCCCCAAUUCCACAAGAAUACCAGACCAUCCAUCGCUUCCCAAACUGAGUUUGAGAAUAAGAAUAAGAAAUUGGGAUUUCAAUUUCAAUUUCUGCAGAAAAGAAAUAUGUCUGAGAUUCCGCAGAAAAUGAAAGGGGUGGUGAUUGAGAAGACGGGGGGUGUGGAGGUGCUGGAUUAUAGAUUGGAUGUACAGGUGCCGGUACCAGGGGAGGGAGAGGUGUUGGUGAAGAAUGAGUUUGUGGGGGUUAAUUAUAUUGAUACCUAUUUCCGCACCGGUCUCUAUGCCUCUCCCAAACCGGAAAUCCUUGGUCGCGAAGCAGAAGGCACCAUAGUUUCCCUCGGCCCCUCCACAACCACCAAUCUCAAACCCCACGAUCGAGUAGUCUAUCUGGGUACCUCCGCCUACGCCGAAUAUACCGUCGUCCCCGCCGCAAAAGUCCACACUAUUCCCUCUGAACUCGCUCCUGGUAUCGCCGCCGCAGCGAUUCUUCAAGGUCUCACGGCUCUAACCCUCAUUCGCGAAGCAUACCAUGUGCAACGCGAUGAUUGGAUUUUGGUGCAUGCUGCAGCGGGGGGCGUAGGUUUGUGGUUGUGUCAGCUGUUGAGAGUGGUGGGUGCGAAGGUUAUAGCGACGGCGAGUUCGCAGGAGAAAAUAGAGUUGGCGAGGGAGAAUGGGGCAACGGUGGGGAUCAAUAAUAAGGAGGAGGAUAUUGUUAAGAGGGUAAUGGAGAUUACAGGGGGAGAGGGGGUUCAUGCGGCUUUUGAUAGUGUGGGGAAAGAUACAUUUGAGGGGGAUUUGGAAGUGGUGAGGAGAAAGGGGACGGUGGUUAGUUUUGGUAAUGCUUCUGGAGCAGUUCCCCCUUUCGCAAUCUCUAAACUCGCAGCAAAGAAUCUAAAGGUUCUUCGUCCAACACUUUUCGGAUAUAUCGCUACCCGUGAAGAAUUUGAGAGGUACACGGCGGAACUCUUUGAUUUUAUUAUUAAGGAUAAGUUGAAUGUGAGGAUUCAUGAGAUUUAUCCUUUGGAGGAGGUGAGGAGGGCGCAUACGGAUAUUGAGGGGAGGAGGACGAUGGGGAAAUUGUUGUUGAAGGUUUAGGGU